UUCGAGUUUGUAAACAAUGAUGGCGAGGGAAUUUGCAUGGUCGGUGGUGUACUAAUGGGGGAAGACGAGGGUGACAUGAAAGAAAUGGUUGGAGGUUGCUGUGUCUGCUCUGAUGAAAGUGGAUGGGAUGAGAACCCAUUGGUGUACUGCGAUGGAGACGGCUGCAAUGUGGCGGUUCAUCAAGCCUGCUACGGCAUCGUAUCGGUGCCGCCCGGUCCCUGGUUCUGCCGCAAGUGUGAAUCCCAGGAGCGCGCCGCUCGAGUGCGGUGCGAGCUGUGCCCUAGCAAGGGUGGCGCGCUGAAGCGGACCGACCAGAACGGCUGGGCGCAUGUGGUGUGCGCGCUCUACAUCCCCGAGGUGCGGUUCGGCGACGUGGCCACCAUGGAGCCGAUCCUGGUGUCGAUCGUCCCGCCCGACCGCUUCAGCAAGUCGUGCUGCCUGUGCGAGCUACACGGCCGCGCCAGCAAGGCGCAGGCCGGCGCCUGCAUGAGCUGCAACAAGCCCGGCUGUCGGCUCAGCUUCCACGUGACGUGCGCGCAAGGCCACGGCCUGCUCUGCGAGGAGCAGGUGCAGAGCAUGAACAACGUCACGUACUGCGGCUACUGCCCGCACCACUACGCCAAGCUGAAGCGGGGUCACAACGUAAAGCCGAUCCCGGCGUUCAAGCCGGGCAACGACAGCGCGCUGGCGGAGGCGCCGCCGGGCAAGCCGCCGCCGCCGCCACCGCCGCCGGCCGAGCCGGGCCGCGCCGAGCGCAAGAGCAAGAAGCCGAAGCCCGGCGCUGGCACCGAGUCCGAGUCGACGCUCUCGGCCACCUCCGACCUGGACGUGAAGGUCAGCCCGCAUCUGGUGGCGUCCAAGUCGAAGCGGCCGCUGCCGACGGCCGCCGUCGAUAAGGAGCCGCGCAAGCGCAAGCCUCCAGGCCGGCCGCGCAACCGAGAGGGCUCAGUGGGCCGCGGCGAGGCGUCGCCGGCCGCCGCGCCGCGAAAACGGCCCAGCGGCGAGCCGGCGGAGCCGGGUGUCGCUGUCAACGGCAGGAGCAGCAGCGCCGGCAGCGGCAGCAUCUCCAUACGCACCAACGGCCUGCCGGUGGCGGCGCACAUGCUAGGCAACCAGUUGAACCCGUCGUCGCUGAUGGCGCCCAAGCUGAGCGACUCGCUGGCGGCGGAGCUAGCGGGCGGCAGCGCGCCACCGUUCCCGCAGUCGCUCAGCGAGCUGCUUGAGCGCCAGUGGGAGCAGGGCAGUCACUUCCUGAUGGAGCAGUCGCAGCACUUCGACGUGGCGGCGCUGCUCAGCUGCCUGUACCAGCUGCGCCAGGAGAACGAGCACCUGGAGGAGCACAUGGGCGAGCUGGCGCAGCGGCGGGACCACCUGCUGGCGGUGAACGCGCGGCUCUCGCUGCCGUUGGAGAGCACAACGCCGCUGGGCGCUGCGCUCGGGCAUCACGCCGGCUCGCCGCGGCCGCCGCUUGAGAACGGGCUGACCGAGCCGGCCGCCGCCGCCGCCGACCGCGACCACCGCAUACUGGAGUCACUGCGCGUGUCAGCCGCGGCCAGCGCCGCCGCCGCCGCCUACCCGCAGUACCAGAUGGUGUCACCGCCGGGGCCGGCUGGGCCACCCAUGCACCACGUGGUGCACAUGCCGCCGCCCAGCCACGCUCACCGGCGGGCCGCGCACUACUGCGCCCUGUCCAUUGAGUACAAAUAUUUUGUGAUGUCGGACCGGGACGAUCAGCAGCCGGCAAUCGCAGGCGCCGCGCGCGAGGGUGCGCUCGGCCGCGGCGAUCGCGUGGGUCAUGUGACGGCCGGUCUUGGCCAGUGUCGCACUCUGCGGCUGUCCUUCUGGGACCGGCCGGCCGCGUGGGAAGGCUGGGGACCGGCGGGCUGGCUGUAG